AUGAGCCAUCAGUCACGCUUCGAUGUGGAUCAAGGAGAGCUGGGCGAUUGUUGGUUACUUGCAGCUGUAGCCGAUUUGACACUUCAUGAUGAGCUCUUCUAUCGUGUCGUUCCACCAGAUCAAAGUUUCACUGAGAAUUAUGCG